AUGAACAUUUGUGGGGUAGGAUAUGGUGCUCAACUAACUUUUGUAAAUUGUGCUGACGUCACGAUUUUGCAAACUGGUCAAGCUAUCCCUACGUGGUUUCAAUCGGCAGAUUAUCAGUCUCUGUAUGCGUCCAUUUAUGGGACUGGACCAUGGUUAACAACACCACCAAUGCUAAGUACAGAUAAAAUCAAAGUCACAACAACUAAGAAACCUGUGCCACUGUCAACAGAAAAAAUCCAAGAUCCAACAACAACAAAAAACCCGAUCAUUAUAGUUACUGUUCCUUUAACAACAAAGAGCACAGGUUCAUCUACCACUGAGACCCCACCUUCUGCGGCACCACCUUUAGUUAUCGCUACCACGACACCUGCGCAACCGACUGGACCAAAUGGUGUGGUCAUUGUUACCCCAGGACCAUCUGGUACCACAGUACAACCAGGGACAAACAUUGGUGCAACUACUCCUGGGACUGUUCUCGAACGUAUAUUCGGUGGAGUGUUUGGUGGAACCAAUGCUGACACCUCUACAAACAACAACCAGAUUGUUUCCUUAUUGCCUCUUUUGAUUGGGGCGUUGCUUCUUGGACCUUUCUUUGGUAGUUCUGCUUCUGUUUCUGAUCCAUCUUCUCUUAUUAUUGUUGACGCGGUAAAUGAAGUUCCUAUUGCAAAUCCAGCCAUAACAGGAAUGGGGAUGCCAAUGUUUGUACCUGAUCCUCCAUCUGGUGUUGUGAAUUGGCACGAUACCCGAAGCUUUGCUAACUACAGACCAUAUGGAAAGGGAAACUCUGGCUCUGUUCGUGGGUCCUAUGGUGGGAACUAUAAACCAUAUGGAACAAAAAUGAGUGGAGGGCAUCCUGCUGAGUAUGGAUGUGAUGAUGACAAACCACCACCCCAAAGAUUAUGUGGCAGAGGAUAUGGUAAUCAACCAACAUUUGUCAAUUGCGCAGACGUCAAAAUUGUUCAAAAGACCACGCAACUCCCAUUAGCUGGUUUCGAGGCUCCAGUCUACGAAGCAUUGUAUUCUAGUAUGGAUAGUAAAACAAAUGACACCAACAAACCGCCAGUAUUUACAUUAUCUCCGACAAAAGAACCCGUUAUUGGACAAUCAUCGACAACGACAGAAACACCACCAACUAAAUCUGGAAGUUUAAUUGGACCACUUGUCCCUCUCUUACCAUUAAUUCCAAUUGCAGGUCUUAUUGGUGGUGGUCUUCUUGGUGGUGGUGGUGUUGGUGGUGGUGUUGGUGGUGGAUUACUUGGUGGGGCUCCAGCACUAGCAGCUGGUAAUAAUGCUGGAAAUGCUAUAUCAAAUCUAGUCAAUGGAGGAACAGGGACGGCAGCAGGAACUGCAGCCGGAACUGGAACCAAUACUGGAAUAUUUGGCGGAACUGGUAAUGGCUUGGCAUCUUUGAUACCCUUGUUGCUCCUUUUGUCAAUACUUCCCUCAUUAGCAGGUGCCAUGGAUGGCAGAGGAGGUGGAGGUGGAGGACAACGAAUUAUCAUUACAGGAGAUGAUCCGCCUCCGAGAAUACAAACCAGUCCUUUACUUCAAGGACAAGGUGGUCCUUUUCCUCCAUCCCGUUGGAUGCCACGGUUCGGUAGACCUGUAUUUGUUCCUGAGCGACAAGCAUGGGGAUCAGGAGCAGCACAUGUAUCAACGGGUUACCAGAGGAGGAAGGGUUACGGGAAGUCUAAUAGUUAUUCUAGCUAUAAUGGUUAAUUUGAAUAAAAC